CUUUUCCCUUUUUUUAAUUUUCUUUUUAUUUUUCUCUCUCUCUCUCUCUUUAUCCCCAGCUUUUUGGUUCCCGCUUCUUUUGAGGUUCCCUUCCCUUCCCUUCCCUUCCCUUCCCUCCGAAACUAACGAACCUUCACUCACAGCUCUACACUCUCCCGCCAUCCACCACCCUUCCCCUCCCUCUCAUAUUCUCUCUCUCUCUCUCUCUCUCUCUCUAGCCAAGAGCUCCAACCAUGGCGCGUGCCUUGAUCGCGGCGUGGGCCGCCACCUACAUUGCACUAGUCUCAUCCUUCGGCGUGGGCGGGGGCAGCGGCGUCGGCAUCGGCGUGAAUUGGGGCACGAUGAUGUCGCACCCGAUGCACCCGGCGACGGUGGCGGCGAUGCUGCACUCCAACGGCAUCGCGAAGGUGAAGCUGUUCGACGCUGACCCCUGGACGGUGGCCGCCCUCGCCGGCUCCGCCGUCGAGGCCAUGCUCGCCAUCCCCAACGACCAGCUCGCCCGCGUCGCCGCCAGCUACGACCACGCCCGGCAGUGGGUCAAGCACAACGUCUCCAAUCACGACCACGACGGCGGCGUCCGCAUCAAGUAUGUUGCUGUUGGAAAUGAGCCGUUGCUAAAGAGCUACAACGGAAGCUUCACCACCACGAUAUUCCCCGCCCUCAAGAACAUUCAGAGAGCCCUCGACGAGGCCGGCGUCGGCCGCCGAAUCAAAGCGACCGUCCCCCUCAACGCUGACGUCUACAACUCCCCUGCCGACGACCCCGUCCCGUCUUCCGGAAACUUUCGGAGCGACAUCCGCCCCCUCAUGGUCGACAUCGUCCGCUUCCUCAACUCCAGCGGUGCUCCCUUCACGGUCAACAUCUACCCUUUCCUCAGCCUAUAUCAAAACCCAAACUUUCCGGUGGAAUUCGCCUUCUUCGACGGAGGGGGCAAGCCGGUUUACGACAACGGAGUCGAGUACACCAACGUGUUCGAUGCCAACUUCGAUACCCUCGUAUGGUCGUUGCAAAAAGCCGGCGUGCCGGAUUUGAAGGUCAUUGUCGGGGAGGUCGGGUGGCCGACCGAUGGCGAUAAGAAUGCGAAUGUUAAGCUUGCUAAGAAAUUCUUCGACGGGUUGUUGAAGAAGAUUGCGAGGAAGGAAGGUACGCCGCUGAGGCCCGGCGACAUGGAAGUGUAUAUAUUUGCUUUGAUUGAUGAAAACCAGAAAAGCGUGCAACCGGGGAAUUUUGAGAGGCACUGGGGGAUCUUCACCUACGACGGAAAGCCAAAGUUUCCGAUGGACUUGACGGGGGAGGGGCGCGACAAAAUCUUAGUAGGCGCCGCCGGGGUGAAGUACUUACCGUCACAAUGGUGUGUUUUGAAUGAGGAUGCGAGUAACAGGUAUAAGAAUGUGCCGGCUAGCGUAAACUACGCGUGCUCGAACGCGGAUUGCACGCCGUUGGGGUACGGGUCGUCGUGCAAUGGGCUGAGCAAGAAAGGAAAUAUAUCUUACGCAUUCAACAUGUAUUUUCAGAUGAUGGAUCAGGAUGUUCGGGCGUGUGAUUUUGGCGGCUUGGCGAAGAUCACGACGGAAAACGCGUCGCAAGGGGGGUGCCUCUUUCCGAUACAGAUUCUGAGCGCCGGAGAGAGGACGGCUUCGGGAGCGGGAAGUUUCAGGAUUUUGUUGGCGGUGGUGAUGGUAAGUGUAGUGGUGUUUGUGUAGAGGAGUAAAGAAAGCAGCGGAGAGAGAGGCUUGUCGAAUUUUUAUCGUCUCGGAGAUCGACGAGUUUGAAUACUAGGAUCAGUUAGGGGCAGAUGAUUGAUAAAUUGGCUGCUAUUAACUUUCCCUUUUUUUAUUUUCGAUUUGAGGGUACAGAAUACAAAUGAUCCCUUCUCAUACCGGAGAACUUUAAUUUGGAAAGUCCAGUUUCUACAGCUAUAGUAGAGUUGAACAGGUUCCAGAGUCCUGCUUCCCUACAAAGGAACAAUUUGUGCUUUACUUCGUCUUCUUCAUUUUUUACUUCAGUUGAAGUGUGGUGAUGGUUUUGGACUGAUGGCUUGUUUACUUGUAUAGAUACUCCAAUGUUUUGAUCCAUGCCAUUGAAGUUUUGCUGAUAUAUAGUUUUAGUAUUUUUUUUCAUCCAGGUUGUAUAUACAAAGGCCGAAGAAAGGUAAUGAUUCAUCUAGUCGCCGAUUUUACGGCACUUUCAUGGUAAAUUUCUUCUGUUUGUACGUUGCAUAAUUCAUAAUUCCCUCGGUCUUACUCAAGUUGUAAGGUUGUUAA